AUGGUCGGGAACAUUUUGUCUCACCUCGGGCACGAGCCCACUGCCCCACCCGCCUCGGAGCUUCCGACUUCCGUCAUCGUCGAGUCUUCUUCGAGUGAUGACAUCGGUGCCGAGAGCCAAGACGAGAAAGGUGAAAAGCUCGGCGCUCAGUACGACCUCGAACACUAUGACAUCGAGGGCACCGAUAAACACGUUCAGAUCAACGCCGCCUUUCUGGAUGUCGCCGACCUGGAUCCCGAGCUUCUCGACGAGAACGGCGUAGAGGUGAGUCCGAGUUGGACGCUCCGCCUCACUGUGUACGGGCGCGAAAAAGUGUCACCCCUUCCGAAGAGGAUGGCUGAGCUUUUUUUUUGAUGGAGCUCCAUUCCUCUACCGGAAAGUGGCCUGGGCUGUCAUGCGUGGUUGAUCUCGAACUGACGUCCGUAUCUGCUCCCCUUAGCGGGUGAUUGAGACAGCGCACGACUACUCCACGCGGUACGGACUUCAUCGACCUUUUUUGCUUUGGCUCGACUUAGUGUCUUAUAAAAUACUCUCUUUUGGCAUGACGUAGUCUCAUUUCCCUUGAAGAUGAUCCUACUCUCCCGAUCCACACGGUUCGGAUGUGGGUUUUGGGCCUCGGGUUGACGUGCUGUGAGUCAGAAGUCUCGUUAACUUCGCAUGGCACUAACUGAGCCGUGACACUUUCUGAUCAAACCACACGCAGUCGGUGCUGUUUUGGGGCAAAUUUUUACUUUCCGUCCUCAAGAAUACACCGUGUCUGGUCUCUUCUGUAUGUCGGCCCGCCGAUAGUCUGUGUCCGCACCCUCAGCACAGCCACUGACCUGAUGUUCGUAAUUACCCUACGCAGUACAAAUCAUUGCUUUCAGUCCGUCUUCGACCGUCAAACCAUUAAUCGGUGCAUCCACCUGAUUAUCAAUUUUGCAUCCCGCACCGUUGUCGCAGUUUUGGGAACCGGCUGGCACAAGAUCCUACCCAAAGCCGGCAAAGGUCGAUUCUGGGCGAUUCUGAACCCGGGACCUUUCAACAUCAAGGAACACGUUUGCGUGACUGUCAUGGCAUCAACUGCCAGUGGUGGAGCCCUCGCCAUCUCAACCUUCGCCUCUGAGAAAUUGUUUUGUGAGUUGCCACCUCCCAAGGCCUGGCUGGCCCCGCUCUUGCUCAUCACCAUACUGUGAUCACAGACAACCUCAAUGUCAACUACGGAAACGCGAUCUUCACCCUCAUAGGUAAGUAUUUCCGUGCUCGAGGUGUCGCCAGCCGUCCGUCCCCUGCAGCGGCUGAUUUGCCCCGAGACGCUUCCAUUCCGUGCAGCAUCGCAAUUCUUUGGCUACGGCUUAGGUGGACUCUACCGCUCCAUCCUCGUGUACCCAACCUUCGCGGUUUGGCCCAGUCUAAUUCCCGGUGUCAGUUUGCUGGAGACCCUUCAGUGAGUGGUGUCUUUGCUUUCGGUAACGCCGGCAUCGGGUGAUCAGCAAUCGCACGCCUUGAGUCAGGCUAACAUUGUUUCCCUGGUGUUGCGUAGCCGUGACCAAAACCUUGCUUCGCAAAAGCGACGAUACAGGUUCUUUUGGGUUGUAGGUUUGAAUCAACCCCCUUCCUCGUUCCGACGGUGCGUGCUGAUCUUUCAAUUGCUCCUAUCGAUCGCAGGUCUUCCUUGCCAUCUUCGUGUGGGAAUGGUUCCCCGAGAUCAUAGCUCCGACCUUGACAGGCAUCAGCGUGUUCUGGUAUGUCGCCAUCAUCCGCUCGGUUUACGAGGGAAAUGCUAUGUAUUGAUAUAGAGCUAAUUAUCCUUUUCAUGGUUCUUCCUACCAGCCUCGCCAACCGCAAAAACCCGAACUUUACCCUGAUCUUCGGCGGAACCAACGGAAACGAAGGGCUCGGCCUCUUCUCGAUCGGCACGGAUUGGCUUCAGAUCACUUCGAGUACGUUGGUCAAGGUAACGCAGUACGUUCUGAGGAUCAGGUCACUGAUCGUGUGGACCGAACCGCUUCACAGCAUGCCUUUACCAGCCUUGGGCUACCACUGUUUCGCAAGGCGUAGGUACGCUCUUGUGCAUCACGAUCGCGCUCGCAGGCUAGUGAGUGCUGUUUGAAAUAGAGUUCGCAUCUUGAGAAGUGUGCUGACUUCACCCCUGCCUCGAUGCUUCGCUACUAUAUGAAAAGUUACGGCAACGUUUGGAACGCCAAGGCCUACCCGUUCAUGGGUCAGGAUCUGUUCUAUGAGGUGGGCUGGUAUCAUCAGCGGCGGCCGCAUGUUCUCAGUCUAAAGCUGAACUUCUGAUGACCUCUCUUCGGUUACAUCUAGAACGGAACUACCUACGACCAAACCGCCAUUCUUGAUUCCAACUACAACCUCAACAAAACUGCUCUCGCUCAGCAAGGUGGGUCGCGGGACGAUGCUGCUCUCGGCGGAUGAGCUGUGCUAUCACUCACGUUUUUUUGUUUCCGGAAUUGCAGGCCUCCGGUCAUAUGCUUGGACGAAUGCUAGUAAGUUCCAGACUUUUCUCAUGUUUUGAUAAUUUGGCUUACCCUGCCUUGACUACUGCAGUCUACUACUUCGGGCUCAACCUGAGUGUCGGUGCCUCUUUCACCCACGUUUUCUUGUAAGCAGCUUCGAACGCGACCACCGGUUGUGCAGACAAAGACCAGUUGGCUCAGAUCACUCACUAUCCCCGGCCUUUUAGAUGGUACCGCAAAGACAUCGUCUCGGCCUGGAAGAAAUGGCGUACCAAUGUUCGCGACGACCCGCACUACGCGCAGAUGCAAAAGUGUGAGUGCUCCUCCCUGCUCCUCCGACUCAGCUGGGCCCGCGGCAGCAAUUCAGUGUACUGACCUCACGCUCUUGCAUCGGCGACUAUUAGACCCCGAAUGCCCCAUGUGGGUAUACGGUGUCACCGUUGCUGCCGCUUUCGCGAUGGCCUGCGCCACGCUCUACACUGGUCACUCCAACGAGCCGUGGUACGCUCUAGUCGUCGGCUGCGUCUUUGCCUUCAUCGAAUUGCCGAGUGAGUCGCAGGAUGUUUACGCUUGUGUUGAUUUCGAGCAAAGACUGAUUUUGGUGGCCUUUAUUUUUCUUUCUCAAACCCACAGUUUCUUGUCUCAUGUCGGCGAUUACCGGAUUCGGCGUCAGCGGUUCCAACCUCUGUCAAAUGUCAGUGUGCUCUAGGUUCGGGCCCUGGCUGCGCACUUUCACGGAGCGGCGCCUGACUUGACACUCGAUCUUGCUCGACGCAGGCUUGGCUCGGCCAUUGUCCCGGGGAAUGCUCGUGCGAGUCUGUACUUCCAAGUGAGUCGAGCGCAGCUCGAAGAGUGUAUGCUACGGCACGCCGGUACUCACCCCUGCGAUUCGAUCCCUUCGUCGUGACAGCUUUACAGCAGCAACAGUGUCGCCCAAGGCUCGACGAUGGUCUCAGAUCUGAAGGUAAGUGCUCGGACCUAGAUUUUGCCACAGGUUUGAUUUACUCACCAAGCAAACGUCCUUCCCUCCGAGCAGUUCGGUCAAGUAAGCACCAGUCCUCGCAAUGUCGACGCUGCAGAACCGAGCGGUUCGAGUAACACGAAGCUGAACAUCCUCUUUCUUUCCGUCUACGGAACCGUAGUACACGAAGGUCCCCCCUCGCGCCAUGUUUGUAAGUCUUAGUUCCCCGAGGAUGGGCAUCGACGAGAGCGACGACUGACAAGCGACCCCCCUCGCCCGUGUCCAUGACAGAUGGUCCAAGCAGCCGGUACUCUUCUUGGCGCCAUCCUCAACCUCAUCAUUGUGAGUGGAACCUAGCUUCACAGAAGUCUCGCCACGAACUCCGGUGCCAUCCACUUGCUCAACGGGUCUGAUCAUUCCUUGUUCGUUAUUAUCACCGAUCCAGAUGAACUCGAUCGUCAACGCGCAACGCGACAUUUUGCUCAGCGUCGAAGGUUCCAAUCUGUGGUCCGGUAACGUUGUUCAGUCAUACAACGCCCAGGUAAGCCCAUCCGAGUCGCAAAGAGGAUGGGGGUGGAAGGGUGACAACACCGCUGAUCCCUUGACUCUUGUCUUGAACCCCUGGCAGGCCAUCUCGUAUGUUUUGUCCAAGGCCAGGCUUACCGCGAUUCCAUCCACACGCCAUUACUGACCGCGCAACCUCUGUUCACUUUUUGCAUCGUAGUUGGGGAGCUUUGGGCAAGCAGAUGGUCAGUGCUGUUCGUGUGCUCCCGGUAGUCUUGAGCAACCGAGCUGACUGUUCAGCACUCUUGAAUUCUCAUAAUAGUACGGUCCUCGUGAGUUGGCGGCGUCCACGGCACCGCGGGUAGAGGAACAACGCCGACGAUCUAACAAUUCUUUUCAUUAUGCUCUCUUGCUCAGACAACAAGUACUUCCUGAUCCCUCUCGCCGUUCGUGAGUGGCUGUGCUCCCCAUCCGCUUCUUCUCGCGAGUUGCGCGAGUCUAACCCCAGUUUGUCUCCUCCUUCCGCGCACACACAGUGCUUGGCUUCUUCGUCCCGGUCCCCUUCUGGAUCGCGCACCGCUUGUUCCCCAAGAUGCGCUUCGACCGAAUCGUCACUCCCAUGCUGUGCUGGUCGCUUGGGUACCUCUCCGUGAGUUGGCCCACUGCCCCCCUUGGCCAUCGCUUUGAAAACUCUGAACCCAACAGCCCCCGACAAUUGUCUGCCUCCAACCCUCCAGGUCGGUAUCAACUCGAGUGUGAUGUCCUUCUUCAUCAUCGCGAUCGUGUGCCAGUUCUACCUCCGUCGUCACCGUCCGACCUUCUUCCGCAAGUACAAUUACUUGAUGGCCGCCGCCUUGGACGUGAGUUCUUCAUUCCCAACCCUUGCCUCUCUCUCUGCCCUCUGAGUUACAAGAGCUCACCUAGUUCGACCGGCAUUCUUUCUGUACCUCAAUCCGUAGGGAGGAACCGAUCUGAUGGUCUUCAUUUCGACCUUCGCCGUCAACGGAGGUGCGGGCAAGCAAUACUCGUUCCCCAACUGGGCAUUGAACCCGGCUGACACCCAUUACGAUUGUGAGUACCCCCGCCCCCUUCCGAUCGAAGGCGUGUAUAGAAGCUAACGCGAGUCUUCCCUCUCUUUUCCUUUCUCCUGAAGACUGCACGGUCAAGACUCCUUACGGCCAGUGA